UCUGCUCUGCUGUAGUUAAAGAUGCUGCUGUGUCUGCUAAUGUCACCAGUUAGACAAAGACGAUAAAGAAAGGACACGACAAGAUAAGGCCGACGAGGGCCGCUUCUAUCACCGCGCACCAACACGUACGUCUGUGGAACAAAAUGGAGGACGACACUGAAUCUAAAAAACUGAACGGCCAGUCUGGGGGUCCUGCAACCCUUUCAAGACCCAAAGAGAGCAUGCAGCUCAAAAAGGAAAUCUCUCUCCUGAACGGCAUCAGCCUCAUCGUGGGUAACAUGAUUGGCUCAGGCAUAUUUGUGUCGCCAAAGGGCGUUCUCAUCUACAGCGCCUCCUACGGACUGUCUCUAGUUAUCUGGGCCAUCGGUGGCAUCUUUUCAGUGGUAGGUGCUCUCUGUUAUGCCGAGUUAGGCACAACAAUCACCAAAUCUGGCGCUAGCUACGCCUACAUCCUGGAGUCUUUUGGAGGCUUCAUAGCGUUCAUACGUCUGUGGACAUCUCUGCUCAUCAUCGAACCCACGAGUCAGGCUGUUAUCGCCAUCACCUUUGCCAACUACUUGGUUCAGCCGCUCUUCCCCAGCUGCGAGCCGCCGUAUUCUGCUUCUCGACUUAUUGCUGCAGCCUGUAUCUGCCUGCUGACCUUUAUUAAUUCUGCUCAUGUCAAGUGGGGUACCAGGGUGCAGGAUGUCUUCACUUACGCCAAAGUGCUGGCCCUCAUUGUCAUUAUUAUCACUGGGAUAGUGAAAAUGUGCCAAGGUUUCACAAUGAACUUUGAGGAUUCUUUUCAAGGUUCGUCUCGUGACCCAGGAAAUAUCGCUCUGGCAUUGUACUCGGCUCUUUUCUCAUACUCAGGCUGGGACACUCUUAACUUUGUCACAGAAGAGAUUAAGAACCCUGAAAGGAACCUUCCCCUCUCCAUUGCAAUCUCCAUGCCGAUCGUUACGAUCAUCUACAUCCUCACAAACGUGGCCUACUACGCUGUGCUCGACAUGAGUGCCAUCCUUGCCAGUGAUGCUGUUGCUGUGACGUUUGCAGACCACACCCUGGGAGUGAUGAGUUGGACCAUCCCCAUUGCGGUUGCUUUAUCCUGUUACGGAGGUCUUAAUGCUUCCAUCAUUGCUGCAUCUAGAUUGUUCUUCGUGGGAGCUCGAGAAGGUCAUCUUCCAGAUGCUUUGUCCAUGAUUCAUCUGCAGAGAUUCACACCAGUUCCUGCACUGCUAUUUAACUGUGCCAUGGCUCUGAUCUACCUUGCAGUGGAGGAUGUUUUCCAGCUGAUUAACUAUUACAGCUUCAGUUACUGGUUUUUCGUUGGCCUGUCUAUCGCCGGGCAGAUCUACCUUCGCUGGAAGGAGCCAGACAGGCCCCGACCACUGAAGUUGAGUCUGCUGUAUCCCAUCAUCUUCUGCAUGUGUGUUGUGUUCCUAGUGGCUGUGCCACUUUAUUCUGACACACUCAACUCCCUCAUUGGAAUUGCUAUUGCCCUCUCUGGAGUUCCUGUUUACUUCUUGGGUAUCUAUCUUCCGGAGUCUAAGCGCCCACCCAUCAUCACUAAAUUACUAAAUGCCAUCACCCGUUUCACCCAGUUCACAUGCUUUUGUGUGCUCACCGAGAUGGACACCGUUGAUUAGAACACUUGCACUCCUCUGACCCACAAACUUCAGGAAGAGGAAACCAAUAUCUGGAGAUAAGGGAAAAAGAUCUUCCACACUUUAAGACACAGAUGCACUCCUUAUGUCACUGCAUUUGGAUUUUAAUUUUAAGGUGUCGGUUAAGGUCACGGUGCACUGCAGUAUUAGGAAUACAACCUUAUGAACCAUAUGGCAUGAAAAUAAAGGCCAUUUUAAAGGUUCAUAAUGGUACCAGCACACACACAUGAUGCAAACACUAUCUGUAUUCCUGAAUUAGAUUAUUUAUGUAACAUUUUCCACCCUGUUCAUCUAACAUGCUUUUAUUUUAGAAUCUAGUCUUUACAAUUUGUCAAUUAAUUUAUACACCUUU